GUGGGUUAUGGGCCAGGCAUGGUACAACUUGUAUUAUUAUUAUGUCUUGUGCUACAUGUCCAGUGCAAGGUCGAGUGUGCAGUAAUUUGGGUAUUUAAGCAGCAAGUCUCUGUCUCCUGCAUCUCUCACUGACACCAGCGUCUAUUCACAAAACUCGGUCUAUUAAGCUACAGUACGUGACAACCAUCCACCAUGUCUAACUCAACCGAAAAUCCCAAGCCCCCGAAUGUUGUUGCUUACAUUCUCUCUCCGGCCUGCGAUAAACAUAUCGAAUGGCUCAAGAACGUAUUCGGAGCACGACAAGUCGAGAUGUUUCGCACCAAAAACAAGUCCAAAGUCAUGCACGUUUCCAUGGUUGUCAACGAUGGCAUUGUCUACCUUGCCGACACCAAAUGUAUGGACCAAGAACCAACUGCAAAUGACGAUGAAAUUCAAGAUACCCAUGGCUUUUGGUGCCAUGUUGAGCUUGAAGACCCCUAUCCUGUCUGGAAGAAAGCGAUGGAAAAUGGCUCCACUGUUGUCUUUGAUCUGAAGAAACAGUACUAUGGCGGCGAGCUUGGUUGCUUUCGAGAUCCUUUUGGUUUCAACUGGGGCAUUGCAAAGGCUAGUGCAUGCAGGAAGCCAGGAGUUAUUCCUUACCUCUUUCUCCCUGAUGGAGAGUGUGAGAAACACAUUGAAUGGAUGGAAAAGGCUUUGGGUGCUGUCAAGAAAGGUAUCUAUCGUUCUGACGACAAUCUUGUGCAGCAUUGCAUGCUGGAGGUGAAUGGUGCUCCUAUCUACACAUCCGAUGUUUCUGGGAUGCCAACUGUCGAGGCUCGCAAAGCCAUUGGUGGAGAAAUCAAACGUUUUUUCUGCCACUUGGUAGUACAGGACCCUCACACACUAUGGGAUGCCACUGUUAAAGAGGGUGCAAAAGUCACUGAUGAAAUGAAGCUUCAGUUUUGGGGCGAAGUGCAAGGAAUGGUUAAAGAUCCGUUUGACUUUGAGUGGUCUAUCGCUGGUGACACCAAGCCGCCCACUGCAUCUCCAAAUGGUGUGAUCCCCUAUCUCUUCUCUCCAGAAUGCGAGAAACAUGUUGAUUGGAUCAAGAGUGUGUUUGGAGCUACAGUGAAGAGCAUGGUUCUCGCCCCUGACAUCGACAACAAAGUGAUGCAUUGCACCCUUGAAGUCAAUAACGGUGUAUUCUACAUUUGCGAUUCUGAUUGCAGCAACAACUUCAAGCCCCGCCCUGAAGGUGAACCUCGUGGAUACCUCUCUCAUAUGAAUGUGCCUGAUCCAGACGAUAUUUGGAAGAAAGCGAUGGCCAAUGGUGCUACCCAAGUGGUCGAGCUCAAGGACCAGUUCUGGGGUGACUACUAUGGAAUAUUCAAAGAUCCUUACGGAUUCGAAUGGGCUGUUAUGAAGAACAAUGCCUAGAGCAUUCAAACAUUUGAACAUUUUUUUCUCAUCAUUUACCAACUGUGUUUUUUUCUCAGCUAAUUUUGUAUCUAAUCAAUGUUAAUUAUGCUGCAAAAAACCCACA